GCGGGCUGCCAGGUUUUUGCAGCGGUGCAUCGGUGGCGGAGGCUCGCAUUUCGCGACUGAGCUCCAUGUCGCCCAACAAGCGCCAACGCAUCGCCGAGCCUGCGACGGCAACGCCGUCGGCGUCCAUCGCGCACCCGCUAGGCGUCAAGCCAUGGGGCAACUGCUUCAACGACAUGGACAAGGGUAUCAAGGAGUGUCGAACCGGCGGCCUCGGGCGCCUCGCAGCGCUGCCCGACACGGUGCUCAACUCGAUCUUUGAGUGGCUCGAGCCCAUGGACAUGGCGACAACAAGCGCGACGAGCCGCGCGUGGUACAUCUUUGCCUACCACGACGAGUACUGGCGGACGUUCGUCCUGGAGAACUUUGGAGGCGACUUUGUGCCUCAAGCCACGUGGCGCCAAGCGUACGUGGCGACGCGCUGCCCACGCGCGACGCUGCCGUCGGCCGCGCCAAUUGUCGUCAAAGGUUUCUACUCGGACUUGCUCUUCCAGCCGUUCUACUGCGCGCAGUCGCCAAACGCGCUCCUCACGCGGGCCAGCUUGGCCAUCGACACGAUCCCGCGCGUCGACGGCAACAGCCUCUCGGUCGAGGCCUUUAAAGAGCAGUUUGAGGUGCCCAACUUGCCCGUGAUCCUCACCAACGUCGUCUCGUCUUGGCCGGCGAUGGACCGCUGGAGCGACGAGUACCUCUACCAGGUCUGCGGCGCCACCAAGUUUUACGCCGGCGGGUUCCACAUGACCAUGGAGCAGUACCUCACGUACGCACGGACGCUCCACGAUGACCAGCCCCUCUUCAUCUUUGACAAGCACUUUGCGUCGACGGUUCCGGCGCUCGCGGCCGACUACAGCGUGCCCAAGUACUUUGACGACGACCUCUUCAAGCUCCUUGGGAGCGACCGACCGGACUACCGCUGGCUCAUCUUUGGCCCGAAAGGGUCAGGGUCGUCAUUUCAUAUCGACCCGAAUUCGACGUGUGCGUGGAACGCCAUCAUCCGCGGGGCGAAGAAGUGGAUCAUGUUUCCGCCCGAUGUGACGCCGCCCGGUGUGCACCCAAGCGCCGACGGCGGCGAAGUGUCGACGCCCGUGUCGCUCAUGGAGUGGUUCGUUACGUUCUACAAGCAGACGAAAACCAAGGCGCCGGUGCACCUCGAAGGCAUUGUCCGCGAAGGCGAAGUCAUUUUCGUGCCAAAAGGCUGGUGGCACCUCGUGCUCAACACGGAGGAGUGCCUUGCCAUCACGCAAAACUUUGUCUGCAACAGCAGCCUCUUUGAUACGCUGGCCUUUUGAAGAACAAGCCCGACCAAGUGUCAGGUGUCGACGAGGCCGACCGACCGCUUCUGUAUGGCAAGUUCCGAGCCGUGCUCCAAGAGACGCACACGGAUCGGAUUGCCGAGUUUGAUGCGAUCGAAGCGCGCAAGCACCAAAAGAGUGCGUGGACCCUCGCGACCGAAGCGUCGACGACGUCCGCGCCCUUCUCGUUUGGUUUUUAGAGCAAUCUGUUGCGGCAAAGUAUCAAGUCUAUAUAUGCAGCGUGAUGCAUUC